CUAUCAUCUCAUUAUCUCUCUCCAUCGUCUUUCAUCCCUUUGGGCAUCUAACUAUGGUUGGCUGGCCCUCUGUCGGGAGGGAUCACAUGCUGCCUUCCUUUACAGAUGGCCAUCCAGUCCCUGCUUAAUAAAAAUAAUUAUUUUUAUUUAUUGGUUUGUUGCAACAUUUGUAUCCCUCCCUUCUCACCCAACAGGGGACUCAGGGCGGCUUACAAUAAAUAUAUAAAAAUAUAAAAUACAGCGCAAAUCAAUUUAAGUUAAAUUAACUAAUUAAAUACAACAGCAUUCAUAAAAAUAUUCAUAAAAACAUUCAUAACAAUAAACAGAUAGGUGCAAUCAGGUCUAAUUGAGGUCUGUCAAUUGAGUUCCAGCACACAUAAUAAUAAUUAAUGCUGCUAUUGUUGUUGUAUAAUAACAAUAAUAAUCAUCUUCCAAAUCAAGGGUAUUAUUAUUGUUGACAGAUGGCCGUCUAGCCCCUGCCAAAUAAUAAUAAUAAUAAUAACAACUCUAUCCUGAAUUUUAUUAGGUCCCUUUUAUUCUGGUAUUUUAACUGAUGAUGUUAUUUUUAUAUUGCUGCUGCAGACUGAAUUGUACUUGGUGGUUGAUUGAUAUUAUUACUGCUCUAUUAACUCUUGUUUUAUUACCUUAUUGUGUUUUAUUUUUUGUAUAUUGUGCAAUGUAUUUAUGCUGUUGUUUUUGUAAAUUAUGCCCCAUGUGAGUUUUAUUAUUAUUAUUAUUAUUAUACUUUAUUUAUAUCCCGCCACCAUCUCCCAGAGGGACUCGAAGCAGCUCACAAAACACUCAAGGUGUGACACAAAAUACAAACUGCACCAGGACGUAAAGAGGGUCAUGUGGGCUUUGUGUGCCAAGUUUGGUCUUGAUCAGUUGGUGGGCGUUGCAGUGGUCUGUGAGAGCCGAACAACAAUAAUAAUAAUAAUAAUAAUAAUAAUAAUAAUAAUACUUUAUUUAUAUCCCGCCACCAUCUCCCAGAGGGACUCGAAGCAGCUCACAAAACACUCAAGGUGUGACACAAAAUACAAACUGCACCAGGACGUAAAGAGGGUCAUGUGGGCUUUUGUGUGCCAAGUUUGGUCUUGAUCAGUUGGUGGGCGUUGCAGUGGUCUGUGAGAGCCGAACAACAAUAAUAAUAAUAAUAAUAAUAAUAAUAAUAAUACUUUAUUUAUAUCCCGCCACCAUCUCCCAGAGGGACUCGAAGCAGCUCACAAAACACUCAAGGUGUGACACAAAAUACAAACUGCACCAGGACGUAAAGAGGGUCAUGUGGGCUUUUGUGUGCCAAGUUUGGUCUUGAUCAGUCACUGGUGGGCGUUGCAGUGGUCUGUGAGACCUGAAUAAUAAUAAUAAUAAUAAUAAUAAUAAUAGUUUGGUCCAGGUCUGUCAUUUGGUCCAAGUUUGGUCCAGGUCCGUCAUUUGUGGCGGUCACAGUGGCCUGUGGAAGUGACCGCCAAUCAGAAAGCUGCCACAUACACAGAUACAUUUAUACCCACAUACAUACAAACACUGACUUUUAUUAUAUAGGUAGAUAGAUUAUUAUUUUAUAAACAGAGCAAUGAGGAGAGGAGGGGGCUCUGCUCUCUCCCAGCAUCCUCUCUGACCCACAUCGCUUCUCUUUUCAAUCAAUGGCUUGGGCUUCCUGCCUCCCUCCCUCCCUCCUUCCUCUGCGGUGGCGUGAAUGGCUUGCAAAAGUCACAUGUUGUGGCGACGGACUGACCGAGGCAGCUGCUUCGGCUGCUUCGUUGCGGCCAGCUGGUGGGGAGCCUCUCCCCCCAUUCAGACACCGCUGCCGCAACCGAUGGCAUUCAUGCCAUUCAUGCUCGGCUUGCGCGGCGGCUUCCAUAGGCUCCAUGGUGCCCGCCGUAUCGCUCCCGUUGCAAGACGCCAUCAAUGUUUGCCGGUGGGAGGAAUGGCCCAGCCAUGAAUGGUGACUCCGUCUGCCCAGAGCCUCCGUCCUCCCAUCUUCCCGACUGGCGGGAAUUCUGCGAGGUCCACGCCCAGGCGGCCGCGGUGGACUUUGCCCAGAAGUUCUGCCAGUUUGUGAAGGAGAACCCCCACUACGACACCCCCGGGGCCGAGGCCUCCUUCUCCCACCACUUUGCCGCCAACUUCUUGGACGUCUUCGGCCUGGAGGUCAACCGGGCGUUUGCCUCCGACUCGCCCACCACGUACAACAUCGUGCCCUUUGUGGGCCUCCAGAACUGCCACAUGCCUUACGGGAGGGACCUCUUGCCCAGGAAGGAGCAGACCUCCUCCGAGUCCCUGGACAGCGUGGACAACCCGGGUCCCGCCACCGCCCCCGGCCGGUACCUCAGCCCGUCGCAGCAGGAGGCCCAGGCCCGGAAGGUCUCCUCCUACGGCCACUCCCGCAGCUCGGAGGACGUCUCGGUCCACGGCGGCCUGAAGCCCCGGGUCAAGAAGGGCUUCUCCCUGCGGAACAUGAGCCUGUGCGUGGUGGACGGCAUGAAGGAGAUGUGGCACCGGAGGGCGUCUCCGGAGCCCGGGGCCGACCGAGAGCCGUGCCCCCCCGCGGGCGACCCCAGGGAGAAGUGGACCCACAAGCUCCGCCUUCCCAAGGGACCCUCUCCCAAGGUGGACCUGGUGGACAUCCAGCGGGAGGGGACCCUCCGCUACAUGGUGGCCGACGACACCAACUGCGUGGGGAGCCCACAGUGGCAGAAGUGCCGCCUGAUGCUCAGGAAGGCCGUCCGGAUGGAAGGGGAGAAGUUCCUCCUGGAGUUCUACGUCCCGCCCAAGGCCUCCAAAGCCAAGGUGAGCAUCCCUCUCUCGGCCAUCAUCGAGGUGCGCACAACCAUGCCUCUGGAGAUGCCCGACAAAGACAACACUUUUGUCCUGAAGGUAGAAAAUGGUGCCGAGUACAUCUUGGAAACCAUAGACUCGCUGCAGAAACACUCCUGGGUGGCCGACAUACAAGACUGCAUCGAUCCCGGGGACAGUGGCGAUGACAUCGAACUCGCCUCCUGCGCCCAGGGAGCCUGCCUGCCCAGCCGGAUGUCCUCCUGCAGCUGCGAGUUCCUCACCGAGGACGUGCCUCGGUUUCCUGACCGGUGUGCCGGCUCCGCGGCUCUGCUGGACACACCACCCAACGCGGCCACGGUCGUCACGGCGCCCCACGGCCGGAGCAGGGACUCUGCGGGAGAGCCCAAGGCCCACGUUCCCCUGGAGAACUUCCUGCAGACCUUGGACUCGCCGGCCACGGGGGGACACCCGCCAGGAGAGGAAGUCGGGACGGAAGCGGAGCUCAACCUCUCGGACUUCCCUUGGUUCCACGGGACGCUCUCGCGGGUCAAGGCGGCCCAGCUGGUCCUGUUUGGCGGAACCAGGAGCCACGGGCUCUUCGUCAUUCGGCAGAGCGAGACGCGGCCCGGAGAAUACGUCCUGACCUUCAAUUUCCAGGGGAAAGCCAAGCACCUGCGACUCUCCUUGAACGAGAACGGCCAGUGCCACGUCCAGCACCUCUGGUUCCAGACCAUCUUCGACAUGCUGCGGCAUUUCCACAUGCAUCCCAUCCCGCUCGAGUCCGGCGGCUCUGCCGACAUCACGCUGCGCAGCUACGUUGUGGCGCAAAGUCUGCUGACCGACUCCUGCCCGGUCUCGGCCGUGGCCUCCCAGCCGCCCACUUGCCGGAGUGACCUCCCGCCGCAGCCCUACUCGUCCGGCUCGGUCCCGGUCACCUUCCAGCCGGCCUCCCCCUCGGAGGGCACCCCCUCCUCCUCCUCCGCCUCCUCCUCGGCCAGCCACUCGCUCUACCACCGCAUGGACGGGACCCUCGGCGGCGCCCGGAGCCGGAGCAACAGCACCGAGCGCCUCUUUGCCGCCUCCUCCACCACGGGGGCCGAGGACUACCACGAGAGCGAGAGCGCCCGGAGCAGAACCCGAGCCGUGGAGAACCAGUACUCCUUCUAUUGAUGGCUCUGUUGGGAGUUGCGCUCCGUCCCCUCGUCCCCACACUCGGGGGGCUCCUCCGUCCUCUUGGUGCCCAAGGAGGGGCCUUGGCUUCCUCCCUUUGCCGUCACCGUACAGACUUCGGGAAGGAGGACACAACGAGUGAAACACAACGGUUACCUCUUACACUAUGGAACAAAACUUGAAAAGGAAAUGUUCUGUUCCUGGUUUGUGUCAAGAGUAUUUGCAGCGCAACAGUAGUUGGAUGGAAUCAGUGGAGCGCAGAACAAAGAGAUACUCGGAGACGUUGGAAAAACUAUUUACAAAGUUGUACUGAAUCAACACAAACAGACGACAGAUACUCUAGAUACAUCAGUAAAGCACGCACACUUGUGUCUGGAUACUCCCUAGUUCCAAACACUCAGAGACGUUGGUGAAACUAUUUACAAAGUUUUACUGAAUCAACACAAACAGACGACAGAUACUCUAGGCAGACAGAACUCGACUGAACAGACGCAAUCAGUAAUGCACACACACUUGUGUCUGGAUACUCCCUAGUUCCAAACACUCAGAGACGUUGGUGAAACUAUUUACAAAGUUUUACUGAAUCAACACAAACAGACGACAGAUACUCUAGAUACAUCAGUAAUGCACGCACACUUGUGUCUGGAUACUCCCUAGUUCCAAACACUCAGAGACGUUGGUGAAACUAUUUACAAAGUUUUACUGAAUCAACACAAACAGACGACAGAUACUCUAGAUACAUCAGUAAUGCAUGCACACUUGUGUCUGGAUAUUCCCUAGUUCCAAACACUCAGAGACGUUGGUGAAACUAUUUACAAAGUUUUACUGAAUCAACACAAACAGACGACAGAUACUCUAGGCAGACAGGUCUCGACUGAACAGACGCAAUCAGUAAUGCACACACACUUGUGUCUGGAUACUCCCUAGUUCCAAACACUCAGAGACGUUGAAACUAUUUACAAAGUUUUACUGAAUCAACACAAACAGACAACAGAUGAACACAGGACUUGACUCUAGGCAGACAGAUCUCGACUGUUAGGUAGACAGAUCUCGACUGAACAGACACAAUCAGUAAUGCACACACACUUGUGUCUGGAUACUCCCUAGUUCCAAAGAGACAUUGGUAAAACUAUUUACAAAAUUUUAUUGAAUCAACACAAACAGACAGAUGAACACAGGACUCGACUCUAGGCAGACAGAACUCGACUCUUAGGUAGACAGGUCUCGACUGAACAGACGCAAUCAGUAAUGCACACACACUUGUGUCUGGAUACUCCUUAGUUCCAGCCACACAUCAAGGUCAUCGUUGCUUCUUGGCAAUUAACUCUUUCCAGACUAUAGUACACUCAGGAUGAUGCAAUCAGUUGCAACACAAGCAUGGCACAAAUUGCAUUUAAAGACUAUCAAUACACAAAUCCCACAUUAACGAGUGUUAUUUCCUGUUUAAUGGUGCCGUCCUGACUUGGAAAGCAAUUAUUCUACUCCAGGAACUUGGGUUCGAAGAGGCAUAAAUGGAAGGCUUAAGGGAGAAACGUGCCAAGAGGAAGGCCCGUCAAGCCCACCCUGACCGGGACCGCCUUCCGUCUGGAGAACAUGUGGAUCAAGAACAGGUCUCUUCAACCACCUAAGAACCCACCCCCAAGACACCAAAGAUGGAAGACCAUCGUCCUCGAACUAUGAGGGAUCGCCUAAGUAAGUACUUAGAGGUGUGCACUUGUAUGGAAUCGCUCUUCGUUUUGUUUCAUUUUGUCUCAGUUUCGUUUUCAUUCCCUAUACGAAUAGAAUUUUUUGUUUCCGGAAAUAACGAAAUAUUUUAAUCUUUUAAUCCACCCACUUUUAAAACAUUUGGGUCUUCCCCAGAGUACUAUUGUUAUUAUUAUUAAUAAUAUUAUUAUUAUUAACACCCAUUGGCACACAUCAGUUGUCUCAGACUCAGCUUAGGGUCUCAGAGUAAUUACUGUUAUUAAUAUUAUUAUUAUUAUUAAUGCCCAUUGGCACACAUCAGAUAUCAUGGGGAAGUACUCUCUCAGACUCAGCUUAGGGUCCCAGAGUAACUAUUGUUAUUAUUAUUAUUAUUAUUAUUAUUAUUAACACCCAUUGGCACACAUCAGAUGUCUCAGACUCAGCUUAGGGUCCUAAAGUAACUAUUGUUAUUAAUAUUAAUAUUAUUAAUGCCCAUUGGCACACAUCAGAUGUCAUGGGGAAGUACUCUCUCAGUCUCGACUCAGGGUCCUAAAGUAACUAUUGUUAUUGAUAUUAAUAUUAUUAAUAGCUUAGGAUCCCAGAGUAACUAUUGUUAUUAAUAUUAAUAUUAUUAUUAACACCCAUUGGCACACAUCAGCUGUCACGGGGAAGUACUCUCUCAGACUCAGCUUAGGGUCCUAAAGUAACUAUUGUUAUUAAUAUUAAUAUUAUUAAUAGCUUAGGGUCCUAAAGUAACUAUUGUUAUUAAUAUUAAUAUGAACACCCAUUGGUGCACAUCAGAUGUCAUGGGGAAGUACUCUCUCAGACUCAGCUUAGGGUCUCAGAGUAACUAUUGUUGUUAUUAUUAUUAUUAUUAACACCCAUUGGCACACAUCAGAUGUCAUGGGGAAGUACUCUCUCAGACUCAGCUUAGGGUCUCAGAGUAACUAUUGUUGUUAUUAUUAUUAUUAUUAACACCCAUUGGCACACAUCAGAUGUCAUGGGGAAGUACUCUCUCAGACUCAGCUUAGGGUCUCAGAGUAACUAUUGUUGUUAUUAUUAUUAUUAUUAACACCCAUUGGCACACAUCAGAUGUCAUGGGGAAGUACUCUCUCAGACUCAGCUUAGGGUCUCAGAGUAACUAUUGUUGUUAUUAUUAUUAUUAUUAACACCCAUUGGCACACAUCAGAUGUCAUGGGGAAGUACUCUCUCAGACUCAGCUUAGGGUCUCAGAGUAACUAUUGUUGUUAUUAUUAUUAUUAUUAACACCCAUUGGCACACAUCAGAUGUCAUGGGGAAGUACUCUCUCAGACUCAGCUUAGGGUCUCAGAGUAACUAUUGUUGUUAUUAUUAUUAUUAUUAACACCCAUUGGCACACAUCAGAUGUCAUGGGGAAGUACUCUCUCAGACUCAGCUUAGGGUCUCAGAGUAACUAUUGUUGUUAUUAUUAUUAUUAUUAACACCCAUUGGCACACAUCAGAUGUCAUGGGGAAGUACUCUCUCAGACUCAGCUUAGGGUCUCAGAGUAACUAUUGUUGUUAUUAUUAUUAUUAUUAACACCCAUUGGCACACAUCAGAUGUCAUGGGGAAGUACUCUCUCAGACUCAGCUUAGGGUCUCAGAGUAACUAUUGUUGUUAUUAUUAUUAUUAUUAACACCCAUUGGCACACAUCAGAUGUCAUGGGGAAGUACUCUCUCAGACUCAGCUUAGGGUCUCAGAGUAACUAUUGUUGUUAUUAUUAUUAUUAUUAACACCCAUUGGCACACAUCAGAUGUCAUGGGGAAGUACUCUCUCAGACUCAGCUUAGGGUCUCAGAGUAACUAUUGUUGUUAUUAUUAUUAUUAUUAACACCCAUUGGCACACAUCAGAUGUCAUGGGGAAGUACUCUCUCAGACUCAGCUUAGGGUCUCAGAGUAACUAUUGUUGUUAUUAUUAUUAUUAUUAACACCCAUUGGCACACAUCAGAUGUCAUGGGGAAGUACUCUCUCAGACUCAGCUUAGGGUCUCAGAGUAACUAUUGUUGUUGUUAUUAUUAUUAUUAACACCCAUUGGCACACAUCAGAUGUCAUGGGGAAGUACUCUCUCAGACUCAGCUUAGGGUCCCAGAGUAGCUAUUGUUAUUAAUAUUAAUAUUAUUAAUAGCUUAGGAUCCCAGAGUAACUAUUGUUAUUAAUAUUAUUAUUAUUAUUAAUGCCCAUUGGCACACAUCAGAUGUCAUGAGGAAGUACUCUCUCAGACUCAGCUUAGGGUCCCAGAGUAAAUAUUGUUAUUAAUAUUAUUCCAUUAUAUUUAAUCGAGACUGGAUGAGAAAACCAGAGCAAAAUGUGCUCUAGCAGGAUGUCCUUCCCGUAAAAACAAUGUUUUGGCAGUUUAAUGAGCCUUCCCUAUGUUUUUAUGAUAGAACCAAUUCGGAAAAGACAUUUAUAACCUAGGAACGAAAGUCAUCGCGUGACAUACGUAAUGUUACUUGUCUUCUGGCAGAAGGAAGACGGAUCCAGAAUUUCUGUUGCCUUAUGUUUGUCUUCAUCUAAAUGUUCUGUCUUGGGAUGGGAGGCGUAUCAGCAAAUCCUUUCAAGACUCCUCUGAAGAUGCCAGCCACAGAUACAGGCAGAACGUCAGGAGCAAAUGCUGCUAGACCGUGGCCAUACGGCCCAGAAAAAACCACACAACACUCCCAACUCUCUCUUUGUCCCCGAGUGUCCCGCGAACCUCGUUCCCUGUAAAUACGUAUGAAUGUUGUUGUUCUUGAAAUUCAUUGUGCCAUCUCCUCCUCCCGAGUCGUGCUCAUUUUGGGACUAAAGUGACAGUUGACGGAAGGUGAGCUGCAUACAUGAAGCACAUGUUUGCCUCGAGUCAAAGCUUCGAACGGCAGGAAAAGAGAUCUCAUUCUCAGCGUGGCAGAGAUUUUUAAGCCGAGGCUGGAUGGCCAUCUGUCGGGAGGCUUUGAUUGUGUGUUCCUGGAUGGUGCUUGUAGUCUAGGAUACUAUAACACUAUGUGACAAAAUUGGAAAAUAAUGUUCUAUUCCUGGUUUGAGAGUGUCAUUUCCCGUUUAAUUGUGCGGAAAGACUUGGAAAUAAGUUGUUCUACUCCAGAAACUUCUUUUUUUUUGUGCCACAACUAGGUUGAAUCGGUUGAGAUUCUGUGAUGAGAUAUUCACCAAAAACUAGAGCAAAAUGUGCUAUAACAACAACACAACAAGACUUUAUUUAUAUUCCACCCGAGAAAGAUCACCUCCCUGACUGCUGGACUCGAAAACGUCUCUACUUCCACAUGGAGACACAACUUGUUGCUCCAACACCUCCUCCUUUUACUGAUACUCUGAAGUUACUACAGACUUUUCCUAAGUAACAAUAAGGAUCACAACCCUGCAACGACUAUGGUUCCAAACUGGAAAUUGCCUUUCUCUCCAAAAAGAACGACAAAGUGGUCAAAAGCAGACUGGAAAGUGAACAUUUCACUUGUUAAUAUUUUUUGUUUUGGGUUUUUUUCCAAGCAAUGUGAAUAAGUUAUAAUGUUUCUGUAUUACUGUAUUUACAAACCAAACUUUUUAAAGAACGGGGGGGAUUGGUGUUCUUUUGUUUUUAUUCUAUUUCAUAACCUUUUUUUAGGUCAGAAAGAUGAGGAAUAAAAGAAUAACUUGUGUA